AUGCAGUGGCAAAUUUUCUUUUUCUUUCUUGUUGGUUACUCCUCGGCGCUUAACAAUGGUUUAGGAAGAACGCCCCAAAUGGGAUGGAAUAGUUGGAAUCAUUUCGCAUGCGAUAUAAAUGAAAAGUUGAUCCAACAAACGGCAGAUACCAUCGUUGCGACUGGUCUUGCUGCAGCUGGAUAUCAAUACGUGAAUUUGGAUGAUUGUUGGCAAGUGAGCCGAGAUGCUCAGGGAUUCAUUCAACCGGAUCCGAAAGCUUUUCCAAGUGGAAUACCAGCUUUGGUAGAUUAUGUUCAUUCAAAGAAGCUUAAAUUUGGACUCUAUUCUGAUGCGGGAUUUAAAACAUGCGGAGGACGACCAGCUUCAUUAGGCUAUGAAACAAGAGAUGCAAAUACUUAUGCACACUGGCAAGUUGAUUAUUUAAAAUAUGAUAAUUGCAAUACCGAUGAAACAAUACCAGAAGUUCGAUAUCCGGUGAUGAGAGACGCUUUGAAUGCGAGUGGACGAUCGAUAUUCUUUUCAAUGUGUGAAUGGGGUGUUGAUAAGCCGGCUUUAUGGGCAGCAAAGGUUGGAAAUAGUUGGCGAACAACUGGAGAUAUUUCCGAUCGAUGGGACUCCAUGCUUGGAAAUAUUGAUACCAAUAAUGAAUUUGCUGAUUUCGCAGGACCUGGCGGUUGGAACGAUCCUGACAUGCUUGAAGUUGGUAACGGUGGUAUGACCGAUGCGGAGUACGUCACGCACUUUUCUCUUUGGGCUAUCAGUAAAGCACCUCUCAUUAUUGGAUGUGAUGUGACAAAGAUGAGUGCUGCUACUCUAUCUACAUUGACGAAUCCCGAAGUCAUUGCGGUUAAUCAAGAUCCUCUAGGUAUUCAAGGAAAGAAAGUUGCUUUUGCUUCAUCAACAUCCCCUAAUGCAACUGCUGGAGUCAGUGUUGUCGAUUGUUCUCUAUCAUCAUCACGCAUUGAGCCUAAAAUUCGUCAAUGGACUUACAAUUAUCAAGACGGAUCCAUCCGCUCGCUUGUUGAUGGACGAUGCUUAACUAUUGAUCGUUGUGAUACGCAAGAAGCUGCAAAUAUCGUUUUGAGUGCGUGUCGUAUCAAUGAUCCUCAAGCACCCUGUCAAGGUAAAAAUCAACAGUGGAUAAUCAAUUCAACGACACAAAGCAUUGUUUCACAAAUGGAUGGAAAAUGUUUGGAUGUCUACAACUUCGACGGGCCAAAUGUCGAUGCCUUCACAUGCAAUAAUCAAGAUAAUCAAGCUUGGAUUUGGAAUGCUACGGAUACAUCAUUACGUAGUAAACAUAACGGAAAGUGCUUGACUAUUCAACCAGAAAUUGAAAUCUGGGCUGGACCACUAUCAUAUGGUUCACAAGCUGUUAUUCUUUUCAAUCGUUCAGGAGGUAGUAGUGAACCAAUCACAGUUAGGUGGACGGACAUUGGAUUUCCAAGUGAUCAUGCUGCGACUGUUCGAGAUUUAUGGGCAAGAAAGACUCUCGGCACAUUUACGGGAAGUUUUACAGCACUGAACGUCAACCUGCAUGCGGUUAUGAUGCUUAACAUAACUCUUACACAGUAG